AUGUCUCAACACCUUCCGCUACUUCCUAAUCUAGCCGAUAUUACCAAUAUAGCUCAGCGACACGUCGCAGAGCAUCGUAUUGUUAUCGAUACUAUCAUGUCAGAAGUAACCAUCGUGACCGCCUGUUUCAGUAACGUUAUGGCACCAAUAGCCGAACUUGAAAACAAGCAAUCCGGCGAGAAAGCUACUAUUGCAGCGCUACGUUUUGCGGCUAUGGAAAAAGCUAUGCAACACGCUGUGGAAGAGGCUGAAAAAAUUUGGCUUGAUUACAAUGCUGAAGUUGAUAAAAACACAACCCUUUUCAACUUGCUCUGGGCUGUGAAAAGCAAGAACGAACAACUGAACCACGAGUCCCAGAGGUUGCUAGAUCGCUUCUUGAUGAGAUAUACCGAUUGUGGACACGGGUCGCUUGAUAAUGACGGCAUUCAAGAAUGGCACAGCACUAAUCAAGAGAUCGAAGCGUUGUGUACUCAAUUCAACCAAAAUGUUCGAGAAUUCGACGGCAACUCUUGCGGUGUAUUCUUCACUGAUGAUGAACUCGAAGGUAUUCCGCAAUACGAGCUUGAGGACUACCAGAUCGGAUUGGAUGGCAGACGACGGAUACCAUUACGAUGGGGCCUAUAUGUCUCUGUCUUACGAUUUGCACGAAACUCAGAGACAAGAAAACGUUUCCAACUCGCCUGGGGACAGCGAUUGCCUGAGAAUAUUCAUCUUUUUAAGCGCAUAGCUUUGUUACGACACAAGAAUGCACGUCUUCGGGGAUACAAAAGCCACGCAGCCUCUCGCUUGCCCUAUCGAAUGGCUGUGUCAACAGAAUGGGUAGACAGUCUUCUCGAAGAACUAAGUGUUGUCAUGAUAGCCGAGGGGAAAAAACGCUUUGAGCUCAUAGAAAGAACUAAAAUCCGGAACACUGCCACUAACGACAUAACUGAAUCGAAUAAUAUGGGAUCUUGGGAUGUCGCCUAUUAUAAUCGUAUUCUAAAUGAAGAAUACGCUUCGGUCAAUCAAGAAAAGAUCAUGGAAUAUUUUCCAUUUCAUCACACAUUCAACACUUUGCUUGAACUUUUCGCCACUUAUUUGCAGUUACGAUUUGAGAAGUUGCCGGCAGAACAAUUGGAUGGCCAUAUAUGGUGUCCCGACGUUGAAGUUUGGAGGCUUUGGGACGAACGACCCGAAACUAAGGGGAUGCCUAUUGGUUAUCUUUACGCAGAUCUGCUGGGGCGUCCACACAAGUACAAAGGAAAUCAGGCAGUGAACCUCCAGCCAGCAAUUCAUUUUGGGUCAUUAGAUUGUAAAGUCAAAUCGUCUAACCCGUUGCUACGUGUAGAACUUGGUCACUGUAUGCAUGAUCUAUUGGCCAAGACAAGAUACGCUAAGUUCCACGGAUAUGAAGUUUGCGUUGAGUUUGGAGAAGCAAUUGCAACAAUGUUAGAAAAUUGGUGCUGGAUGAAAGACGUUUUGAAAGACAUUUGCUACCACUUCACCGCUUUAGAUCUCAAAUACGAGGAAGCAUGGGUCAAGGAGAACCCAAAUGUUCCUAUCCCGCCGGCAGAAAUACCCGAUGAGUUAUUGGAGGGUCUCAUGGAAACUCGUCGAGACUCUAGGCUUGACAGAUGCUUAAGCCAGCUCUGCGAUGCCAAAUUCGACCUUGCGGUUCAUAAUCCUUCCACCGAUAAGGCCCUAGCAGAACUAGAUGAAGUUAAAUUAUUUGUUGAUCUUUACGAAAGGUUCUAUUUUACAAGAAGACCAGAACCAUGCUAUCUCCAUGCAACAUUUAGUCACUUGGUUUCCGGUGCUAGUGUCUUUGCUCAAAAUAUAUUUGAGAAAGUGUUUGCAAAGGAUUACCAGUGCAAGACUUCUUGGAAUCGCUUCCGGACGGAGUUACUAGAACAUGGCGGUAGCCGUGAUGAGCGAAAACGAUACCAGUCGGGAUGUUACGAAACUCCAAUUGAGAAGGUCCCAAAAACGAUGAGCGACUUGAUUUUCUCACCGGAGGGAGGUGUUGCUUCCACCGCCGUCUUGAGCGGCCUGCGAAUGGCUUCAAACAGUGGCUGA